AUGAAUACCGCAACUGUCGGCAUGGCGGUCACCCCGACCGUCAUGUCUACAUUUCUAUCUCAUUAUUUCAAUCGCAAGCCUCUUAGAGAACGUCCGACGGCCCAUCUGUCCUAUGAUGAGGGCUUACACUUGAUCCGGUCAUUCCUCAACUUUGCAUCGCACCACACAGUCGAAGAUCUUCAAGCCUUUACAGGACAAUGGGUUCCUCAUCCUCAAUGGGUCAAGGUCGACGAUGCCACGAUACCUCUGGAUAAGAUCGAAGAGGCGGCCAACGCCAUCGAAGCUCAGCUGGGUCCCGAAGGCAUCAAAUUGGUCGGCGGCACAAAAUGGUGGCAAUGGCGCUUGCCCAAGGCUCCCCUUGAAGCCGAAUGGAUCGAGAUGAAAUCCGACUACCACGAUAGGCAAAAGAAUGGCGAUCCCGGCAAGAGAGUUAUGCUAUAUGUUCACGGCGGCGCAUAUUUCUUUGGUUCAGUCGACGAGCACCGUUACCAGAUGCAGAGACACGCGCGCAAGCUAAAGGCCAGAGUCUUUGCUCCCAAGUACCGAUUAGCUCCUCAAUUUCCCUUCCCUUGUGGCCUGCAAGACUGCCUUGCGGCUUAUCUAUACCUACUGACGAUUCAACACCCAACAACAAUUAUACUGGCAGGGGACUCUGCCGGAGGAGGAAUGGUUAUGAGCAUGUUGGUGACCCUUAGGGACAGAGGACUGCCGUUGCCCGCGGGUGCCAUCCUAAUCAGCCCAUGGGUUGACUUGACACACUCGUUUCCCAGUGUGGCUGGCGAGGCGCCGCUCGAUUACAUACCGCAGAAUGGAUUUCAUCACAAACCAUCAAAGGCAUGGCCGCCACUAAACGCCGAGGAACAUGCUCUGCUUCGGGAACAAAUUGCAAAGAAUACCAAACCUGGUCACACCAAGCUGAUGAAGCCCGCGACUGUGGACAUGAAACGCCGAUCCCAGGCUCCUUCAUCCCGGAAUGGUACCGCAAACUCAGAGAAUACUGAGGCUGCUGGGCGGUCUGCUGAAGCAGAAGUGUAUAAUCAGUCCGAAACGCUGUCCAUCGAACUCGAUGGGCAGGUUGUGCAGCUGAAGGAUCAAAUUCAGAUGUAUACCACAAAUGAGCUGCUGUCACACCCGAUGGUCAGCCCUAUUAUGCAGCCGACUCUCGGUGGAUUGCCUCCUCUGCUCAUUAUGGUUGGCGGCGGAGAAAUCCUCAGAGAUGAGCAGAUUUACCUGGCGCACAAAUGUGCAAACCCCACGAAAUACACACUGCCAGAAUCAUUGAUGGACGAUCGCGCAAAGGAACAACUUGCCAAGUUUAAACCCACCGAUGUUCAACUACAGGUAUGGGAUGACUUGUGCCAUGUCGCACCAACCCUGAGUUUCACUCGUCCUGCCAAAUUCAUGUACAGAGCUAUUGCUCAAUUUGGCGCAUGGGCAUUGGCACGGGCGCAGCACACCGAGAUUGAUAUCCUGGAUGAUGAUGAAAUCUCUGUGAUUUCGAGCUCCGGAUCUAACAGUGACGGACCAUCCAGAGGUCCUUCCAGGAAACCAUCACAGCAACCAGUCCAUCAAAGCACACUUCGCACACCAGCAAUCGGCCGGGCAGGUGAUGAGCUGCCCCCCUUCAAGGAUCACAUGAUCAGGCAGCAAAUCAGCAGGCAUGGAACCGUCACGCCACUGCUUUCAGAAGAAGAACUUGUUGCGUGCAACAUGUCACCUAGUGAUAUUGGUGUCAUCAAGGAAGGCCCUGUUAGGAAAUGGCUCAUCACCCGUACCCAGUGGGAUACGCGUUUUAGCAGCGCUCGCGCCAAGAUCCACAAGCAACGGCUCAAGGAGAUGUUGGCCGGAUAUGAAUAUUUCGACGGAGAAACUCCACCGCCAAGUGCUCUUGCCGGACGAAGAAGGCCAGGCCAUGAGACGGUUGAUCACAAGAAGCGUAAGAGUAUGGGUCUUGCCCUUUGGUCAUUGUGGGGAUCGAAGCAUGACGAGAUGACCAUGAACCGAGAGCAGAAGGCCGACAAGGCCCCAGCAAUGAAGACGGCGACCGAGGCCGAGGGUACUGGUGCUCGUUCUCAAGCAGACAUUGCGAAGCAGGAGAAGAAGACUGAACAGACGCGACCAGAAACCUCUGCCAGUCGUAGUCCCUCAAGACGGCGUAUGGUCAAAGAUCAGCAUCAAACCUCGGAGCAGGAUGGUGUUGUCACCGAGGACACCACGCCACUUGCUAGCCUGAUGGCGAUGCGGACGGCUGGCCAUGAUCAAAACACCCAGGAUGCUCCAGGCGACGGUCUUCUCACCCCUGAUUAUCAGCGCCCAGAUACUGGGGCUACGGGAAAGAGGCCAAUGGUUGAAGGCAUUGCAGUACCCUUCACUUUGAAUAAGGAAGCCGAGACAGCAAGCAUGAUUACACUUACAUCUUAUGUGGACGGUGGGCCUUCUCGAGUUGCUAGCCCGACUCCGACAGAACAACCAUUGAGCGGGGCCGCUGCCAUCAUAUCUGCAGAUUCCAGUGAACCCGCUGAGCAAGCAAGUUUGGGCGAGGCAGCAGGUGUCCAGACACCUAGACCGUCCAGUCCCAAGGCUCCCGCAUCAGAGGAUAUGGUCGAGGAGGAACCUGUUACUGCCGGAACUCCGCGAUCCCUGAGUCCAGAAGGGACACCGAAGGCCUUGACGCCAGUGGUCGAGAAAACAAACGGGCUCGAGGCAGUGCCACCGAUCAUGGUUGGCGGUGUUUUGACUCACAGCGAGCGACCCCCGCUAGAAACUUUCGUUACAGCUCAGGAAGAAUUGCCUAGAGUGCAAUGA